AGAAAGUUUACUUCCUCGUUGUAGUUGACAGGAAGAAAGAGUAUCACGUCACGUCAGUGAAAAGUUUCUUCCUUGCUUUGAUUUGGCAUCAUAUGAAAAUACAUUCGUCAGAUAAGGAUGUCCCUGCAUGAUUUGUCCACCUCGGGAUUGAGGCCCAUUACAGCACUGGCCUGGGCAUCCAACAACAGCUCCUGCCCCGGUCCCUUCCACACGAUCACCGUGACUGAUGACGGGGCCAGCGGCUGCUUCAACAAAGGCUUUGGCAGGUCAGGGUACUUCCUGUGCUACAGCAAGGACCUGACUGGUGGCAUGGUCGUGUCUGACAUCCGAGUGAUCACCGACAGAGAAGCCAUUCCUCACGGAUAUUGUUACAUCCCGGAGUUCAUGGAACCAAGAGCCUCCGUGUUGAAGAAGAAGCGUGUGUGUGCGCAGAUGGUUCCGGUGGGCAGCGUCUCCACUGCCGUGCUGGACAUCAGGCUGACGGCAAAGAGCAAGGGGAUGGUGCAGCAUUACACCUGCCUUGGGGACGUGCACGGCUUCGUGGUGUGGUGCCGUAAGGGUGCGUUCUCGGGGCCCACCCCCCUGGCCAAGCCGCGCAGCGUCAGCCUGGACCUGAGGAAGCUCUCCCUGGAGGGCACCGCCCCGCCACAGCCACUACGGCCAAGCAACCCUCCUUCAGCCCCACCGCGCAUCAGCGGCCGGCGCAGCAAGCUGGAGGAGAAGAGCGUCGGAGAAAGCGACAGCAGCAACAACAGCAACAACAUCUACGGCAUCACAGCCAUCGAUGGAGUCCCUUUUGCUCUGCACCCAAGAUUUGAGGCCCAGUCCAACGGCAAGGUGCUCACAAACUCCUUAAAUAACAUUCGGAUCAAGUCCAUCCAAGACAUCGAGAAUGAGUACAACUACACGUUCUCUGUGGAGGAGCAGGCUGCCAAACGCCUCAGCCCCUCAGCCGCGGCGUCCUCCUAGAGACGCGGCCGCCACACCUGCCGCCACACCUGCCGCCACACCUGCCGCCACACCUGCCGCUACACCUGCCCCCAGGACCAGUGCUCACGCCGGCACCUGCCGACGGCCCAGGGGAUUCCUCGACCAGAACACACACACACACACACACACACACACUCCAUCACACACACACACACACGCACACUUUACUAUGCCGGCUAAAACACAUACUCAGCCAGCUAAGAACCAGAACACACACACACACACACACACACGCACACUUUACUAUACCGGCUAAAACACAUACUCACGGCUGCACCUACAGCCAGCUAAGAACCAGAACACACACACACACACACACACACACACACACACACACACACACACUCACACACUUCACUAUACCGGCUAAAACGCAUACUCUUGCCUGCACCUACAGCCAGCCAAGAAAAGAGUCCUCAACCAAAACACACACACAGCACACACACACACACACACACACACACACACACACACACACACACACACACACACACACACUAUAGGUGCGUAGUUCAAGUCAGGUCAUUGAGAAUAUGCUGGCUGGUCUGGAUGUCUGAUGGAGUGGGACAUUUAUUUAGGUCACACAGGGGAAACAUUUAUACAAACUUUCCAAAUCUCGUACACUUUGUAUCUCCCUCUCUCUCUAUCUCUCUCUCUCUCUCUCUCUCUCUCUCUCACACACACACACACACACAUGCGCGCACGCACGCACGCACGCAAGCACGCACGCACACACACAUACUUCAUCUCAACUGUGUGUCUAACAGACACAAGUGCCCCAUACCUCGUACAUCAACACUUGUAUCCAUUGUUUCUCACCAAAUAUUGUUUACAGUUAUCUGUGCAUGGGCAAGCUGAGGACGAAACCCAGUCUCUGACUGAACCUAGAGCAAUCUACGCAAUUUAGCAAUCCCAAACAGUUACCUUUUAUCCUGUUAUAGGAAGUCUGCUAUAGCAAUCCCAAACAGUUACAUCUUAUCCUGUCAUAGGAAGUCUGCUAUAGUCAUACUUUCACCAUUCAGACACUGUUACGAAUAUUGUGUGUGUGUGUGUGUGUGUGUGUGUGUGUGUGUGUGUGUGUGUGUGUGUGUGUGUGUGUGUGUGUGUGUGUGUGUGUGUGUGUGUGUGUGUGUGUGUGUGUGUGUGUGCGCAUGUGUGUGUGUGUGUGUGUGUGUGUGUGUGUGUGUGUGUGUAUGUAUGUGCGUAUGAAAGUAGAGGCUUGCCCAUUUUCUGGGGUCUGGUAAAGCUUGCUGUGACUAUGAUGUUUAUCUGAACUGAUUGGCUGGAAAGGAGUGAAGUAGCAGAUUAUGUGCCACAUUUGAGGUGGUAACUGAUGUGUAUCACACUCUGUCCAGACAUGUUUAGAGUAAAUAGAAGUUCCUGUUCUAUUUAAACAUAGUACCGACAGAGCAGUGGAGCGGAAAUAUCCCAUUUGUGCCACCUUAUUGUCUUAAAAUCCAGAGUCCAGUCUUGAUUCGGAAAUAUCCUUUUUGUGCCGCAUAUGGGCUUAAAAUCUAGAGUCCAGUCUUGUUUCGGAAAUAUCCUAUUUGUGCCACAUAUUGCCUUAAAAUCCAUAGUCCAGCCUUAAUUCGGAAAUACCCUAUUUGUGCCGCAUAUUGUCUUAAAAUCCAGAGUCCAGUCUUGAUUUGGUUACAGUCUUAGAUUAGAGAUUCUGUCUUUCCAUCACAGACUUUCCAUCAAAAAUAUUUUAAAUAGUUUUAUAUACCCCCUUUAAACGGCUAUUGAGGUUAAAUUGACAAUGCUAAAAAAAAAAAAACAAUAUGCAUAUGGCAAAGAUUGCAUCUUGAACACAUUUUAGUCUAAUUUGUUUGAUUUUCAGUCAUAUAACUGGCUUCAAACUGUACACAUACGUACUACAUUGAAGGCUGUAUGUUGUGUGUUGCUUGCUGUUUUUAUUCUCCUUAAAGGAUGAUGCACUUUUUCUCUUUAAAAGAUGUGACCGCUGUCACCUUAUUCUAGCCAGAUUAGCCAACAUCCGCUAUAGGGUUUGAGAAGAUACUGUAAUAACUUCUCAGGAUUGCCCAGCCCCAGAUCAUACCACAUUUAUGCUGAUACCGCCACACACUGUUUGAAUGACUUUGUUCUCUUAAUAAUUUGUUACCAUCAAAAUGUUAAAAUUGUCAGUGGUGAUGGGAUGUUUAACUGACAUGAUAUUUUACUCUCGAAAUUAGAUUAGAUUGUGUCAUGUUUGUUUGGAGAAAUAAUUCUUUGCUUGUUUUAUUUAAAUGUUGUGUUUGUUAUUUUCUUCUGUGUCUUUUUCCUAUGUCUGGGACCAAAGAAUUUAAAUGGGACAUUGUCUGUAUGAUAUAUAACUACAUUUUAGUGUAUAUAUGCUAUAUUUUAGUGAAGGAUGUAUGUAAACUGCAGGAACGUGCUUAUCAUCUUGAAUUACUUUUAUAUACCUCUGCUUUCUUUCCGUUUUAACUUUUUUUUUAAAAUAAAGACCUUCAAAGAAA